AUGGCUCCUAGCUUAGAAAUCAUCGCCAGUGCUCAACCAGACCCCGAGUUUCUUGAGGCAUGUGCUCUUCCCCACCACCAAAACCCUCCGCCGCUUCCGGCUAAUGUCGAUAUACCAACCCUACGAGCGACAUCUAAUAAGCACAAAAAUGAGGCGCGAGACGCACUAGGAGGCACUCCCCCGAGCCUGACCGAGCGAGAUAUUGAGAUACCUGUUCGCGACGGCAGCAGCAUUCUCGCUUAUGUUUAUGCUCCAUCAGAUGUCGUCCCAGGAGAUGAACUUCCUAUCUUUUUAUUCUUCCAUGGCGGUGGCUUUUGUCUAGGCACGCGUCAUGAUGAUAUGGAGUCCAACAGGAUCUUGGCGGUCAAGGCUGGUAUCAUCAUAGUCUGCCUUGACUACCGCCUUGCUCCGGAACAUCCGUUUCCUCAGGCUAUUCAUGAUGGAGUUGAUGCUUUAAAUUGGAUCGCUGAAAAUCCUACGAAAGUUCACCCUUCCGCGGCCCCUUCAGCAGGCCUCAUCAUCGGAGGCACUUCUGCCGGAGCAAGCAUUGCCAACGGCGUGGUGUAUCUAAACCGCGAUCUUGGAUCUCCUGCAAAGGUCUCUGGACAGUUUCUCGGCGUCGGACCUCUCCUUCCUCCACCAUCUGUUCCGGAGAAGUACAAAGACGACUAUGUCAGUCAUGAGCAGAAUAAAGAUGUGACUAUACCUCCAGAGGAACUCGCUCGCGCAUUCGUUGCUGCAUACAAGCCAGACCCGACCUCGCCGAUCGCAGUGCCUGCUGUCCAUUCGUCCGGACACUCAGGGAUCCCUCCAACGUACUUUCAAGUCUGCGGGCUUGACGGGUUAAGGGACGAGAGCAUCAUUUACGAGCAGAUUCUUCAGGAAAACAGCAUCUCCACGCGACUAGAUCUGUAUCCGGACUCAUUCACUGUGAACCUCAGUAUUGAAUCACAGAUCAUUGUAAAGAUGGCAGUGACGAACCGCCGAAAGUCACGCGACAGCGGCGAUGUCGAAGCUAGGCCCAGCUCAGAGCCUUCGGGUCCUCAUUAUCGAAGGUACAGUCAACCCUUUGCCGGAAGACUCGGUGCCAAUCAGGCGUACGUUGUUGAAGGGGGAACAUCGGAGGAUGACCAUGUACUGCAUCAUGCACCAGAUGCAACGCCGCACAUGUCGUUCCGGGAGUUGAUGGACAUGCGUCCGAUCAAGAAUCUGGAUUUGUGGAAAGCGGCACUUAUCGAAGGAAUUGGUACUUUGCUGUUUGUGUACAUCACGAUAUGGGUAAGCAUCUCGCCGGAUACUGCUCCCGCUGCUCCAACACAACGAUUUGGGAGCUUUGACAAUGCUGCUUUCCUGGGGCCUCUCAUUGGCGGUAUAACCAACCUCAUCUUCAUAACGCUCUUCAUCACGUCCUUUGGGGCGAUUUCCGGUGCUCAUUUCAACCCGUUGAUCACCUUCGCCACUUUCUGCGCUCGGCUUUGCUCGUUACCGCGUCUGAUACUGUAUGUCGCAGCUCAGAUCGGCGGCGGCGCCCUGGCUGGUCUGUUGGUCAGGGCAAGCUGGGGAGGUCGAGGUUUCAAAGUCGGGGGAUGCUGGCUGUUCACGGAUAUCGUCCCGCCAAGGGAGAUAUUUGUCGUCGAGCUAGUAUCAGCUACCCUUCUCCUAUUCCUUGCUUUUGGUGUUGGACUGGAUCCUCGACAAGCCAAGAUCAUUGGCCCGGCACUGGGACCUUUCAUGGUAGGAUUGAGUGUCGGGACCAUGAGCUUUGCUAGUGCUUUCGCGCGAUAUGGAUACGGCGGUGCUGGCAUGAAUCCUGCGAGAUGUAUGGGCGCUUUUGUUGGCAGUCGAUUUCCGAGCUGGCAUUGGAUACACUGGGUUGCUGAUGGGACUGCCUGUAUUAUUCACGGUUUCUGCUAUUAUUUUAUUCCGCCCUGGACAGAAGUUCGCCAAUGA